AUGAAACCGAAGGUUCUACUUCUACCUCCAGCCACCAUCCGAUUUGGAAACCUUCACCAUCUAAAACCAAAUUUAUAUAUGACACUCAUGCCAGAACAAGAUUUGCAGCACAUCGAAGACGAAAAAAGAACAUCCCUUAUUUUGUCGACUGUGAUGGGGAAGACGAUGAACACAGUACAACUGGUGAGUUGCACCACCACUGAGAACACAACACCACUGUCGGAGUUGCCGGACCUUUGUCGGAAUCACCGGACAGUCAUCGGUAUCACUGAAAACGGCAUCGUAAUCACCAAACGUUAUCUCUUUACUUUCUCUAGAUCUGGUUGUUCACAACCUUCCUCCCUCGUUCACCACAUCCGUCCACCUCUACUCCUCCCACCGUCAGAAACCAUGUCCAUCUAUCUAUUUUCUCCGGCGAGGAGGUUUCUCGAUCUGAAGGGUGCUGAACCUCAAACAGAGAGUGACUUAGCUGACCUUGAUGUUAUCUAUGCUCUCAAGGAGUCUGAUGGACUUGAAGUCAAUAAACUUAUAUUACGGGGAGUUAGAUGAAGACCAUGAAGAUGCUAAAGAGACUGUUCCUACUUUUCAAAUAGGACAAACUAGUAUACAUCUAGACUCAUUUGAUGUAACACAUAUGCAUUCAUUUGGGAAGCCUUUAGAAUAGGUGACACCCUUUGGGAAAAGAAAAGACAACUUUGUAGUACACUCAAACUUUAACACCCUACCCACAGUUCAUGAAAUUAAAAUGGAAAACGGAGAAGGUGGUUCUGAAGAUGAUGUGAUCAAAAGGGUACAACCAAUUAAACGUAGUUCUCGCCUGCGGCCUGAUGUUUUCGCCUGCAGCCGGGGGUGUGAUAGUAAAGUAGUUAUAUACGGUGAAAACAUACUUUUGCUUUAAAAGUACAUUGAGUCAAACCUGCGAACUCACCAACAUUAUGUUGAUGCUUUUUCAAAAUGCAUGUAUUCUUAGGAAACUAAGAAACUGGAAAUCAUACAUAGGAAAACAAUCAUGUGAUUACUGUUUAUCUAUCAUUUUGUCAUAUUUUCAUAGUUGCCUAACUACUAAGGCAUACUCCGUAUUUUAGAUUAUCAAGUACUACUAGAUAAGGAAUGUUGUAAUUUCCAUUUUUCAUUAAUAAAAGUUUGUAUAUUAUGUUA